AUGACUGACAACAUUAAAAUCAUUCUUUGGAACUGCAGAGGGGCUGUUGGGAAAGAUUUCUAUAGAUAUAGUAAAUACUAUGUAGAUAUCUGUAAACCGGAAAUUUUUGUGUUGAUGGAAACUCGCUGUGAUCCUACGAAGCUAUACAAACCAAUGAAGAAGUUAGGCUUCAGCCAAUUUUUCUCGGUGGAGAAUGAAGGAUAUGCUGGUGGUAUUGUAGUGGCGUGUAGGGAUGAGACAUUAAAAGUCACGUGGUGUGCACAAAAGGAGCAAUGGAUUCAUUUAAAUAUUCAAAAUGCUAAUGGCGUUGACUGGAGAUUCACUUUAGUUUAUGCUAGCCCCAAUGACCAAAGGAGGGUAAGGAUGUGGGAGGAGCUGAGUCAUAUUGCCAAUACAGAGAAGUUUCCUUGGAUUGUAGCUGGAGACUUCAAUGAUAUAGCUAAUGCAAUGGAAAAAAAAGGUGGAUCUCAAGCAUCAUCUAGAAAAUGUUCCUUGUUUAGAGAUAAUAUGGACAAGUGUAAGCUAAACGAUCUAGGAUCCAGUGGGCCAAAAUUUACAUGGAGGGGAGGGAUAUAUCAUGGUGGACAAAGAAUAUAUGAAAGGUUGGAUAGAGCCAUAAGUAAUGAAGAGUGGAAGUUAUUGUUUCCUGACAGUUAUACUAAAGUGUUGACACGAGUAAGCUUCAGUGAUCAUCGUCCCAUAAUGAUAGCUCUCUCCAAUAUAAGUUCGGUUAGGGCAGAGAGAAAUUUCAGAUUCAAAAGUGCUUGGUUGGAAGAUCAUAAUUAUGCUAAUCGAGUUAAGGGGUGUUGGAGGAAUGGUGAAGACAUCUUCAAUAACCUCAAGAGACUUGAAAGUGACGCCAAGGAGUGGAACAUGUGCAAUAUAAAGCAAGUGCAACGUAUAAAGAGGAGACUAUUGGCACGUUUGCAUGGCAUCCAGGUAAGCAUGCAGUCAAAUAAUAAUGCUCGUGGGCUGAGUCGUAUGGAAAGUAAGCUGCAACAAGAGUUGAAUGUUAUUUUGAAACAAGAGGAGCUAAUGUGGUUUUAG